UUCAAAUUCAAAUAGGAGAGGAAAAAGCAUGCAAAUAUAAUAUGAAAAUCCGUGGAAAAUACGGAAAAACUGGUGCCAUAUCAUUUGAAAAAGGCAAAAUUAAUCAAGAAUACUCAUAUAUCAAGCGAAAUAUAAACUUGCUAAAUCCUGGAAAAGUUAUUGAAGAAUAUAUUAACGCGUUAUUUUGUUUUUUGUGGACCAUUAUUUGUUCCGUAAAAGAUAUGUUAUUGAUGUACAGAGACGAUAUAAAAAAAGUUUUGUACAGAAACAUGUUAAAAAUGAAUUUGGCUGAGAAACCUAACAAUUUAAAUAAAAUAAAUGAGAACACAAAAACUAAACCCAGUUUGAGCCGCAAGAAUGCUGGAAAUAAUUGGCAAAAUGCACAAACUACGGUUAGUGCACAUGCGAAACCAGGAAAAAAAGGUUGCAUUACAAAAUAUAUUGCUAUAGACUGUGAAAUGGUUGGUAUCGGAAGGUAUGGGCAAAAUGAUAUGCUAGCUCGAGUAUCUCUAGUUAACCAAAAAGGUGAAGUUCUUCUUGACAAGUUUGUAAAACCAAUUGAACCGGUAACUGAUUAUAGAACUGAAGUGAGUGGUAUUAGACCUCAUGAUAUUCAGAACGCUGAAAAUUUUUUGAAAGUGCAACAUGAGGUCUUAAAAAUUAUAGAGGGUAAUAUUUUAGUGGGUCAUUCUAUCGCAAAGGAUUUAUCUGUUUUACGUAUUAAACAUCCACAUAAAAAUAUUCGUGAUACCGCUAAGUAUAGGCCUUUGGCCAAACUUGUAUCUAGAGGCGGAACACCUAGCUUAAGGACUUUAAGCAAAUCAAUUUUAGGACUAGACAUUCAAAAUGGUGAACAUGACUCUACGGAAGAUGCCAGAGCUACAAUGGCAAUAUAUAAUCGUGUUAGUGCCGAAUGGGAGAAACAUAUUAAAAGAAGAGAACAACGACAUAAAUCAAAUCAUCACAAACACGGACAUGGCCACGGGAGAAAAACUUGAUACUUCUUUAUUUUUCAAUAGAAGCUAAUACUUUAUUAAUUCAAAUAAACUUUUUGU